AUGAGUAAAAUUCGGGGCCUCCCUCCAGCCAUCAGGGAAACAGGCCCUGGAGUGGAACUUGGGGUAGAAGAUGGCCUUCUUUGUCAACUGAUUCAUUCUCCAGAGUUCAACCUGUUCUCUGACUCGGUGGUGUUUGAAAGCACCUUCAUCCAGGUCACUAAGCAAGGGAACCGGAUGAAUAACUGCGAAGGAUCUGCCACCAUAAUCCUCGGGGUAACAUCUUCAGUGCCUUCCUUGCCACUCCCCAACGUCCUCCUGAUGGCCAAUGUCACCUGGCCUCAGGAUCAGUUUUCCAACUGGACCACAUCUAGUGUUGCGCCCAUCAUCACCCUCAGCAGGAUUCUCCCCCUGAAGUAUGUGGAGCUACAAAUCUGUGACCGGUCCCAACGCAUCCUACGGGUUAGGACAGUCACUGAAAAGAUCUACUACCUGAGGCUCCACGACCAACAUCCGCAGGCUGUGUUUCAGUUCUGGAUCCGCUUGGUGAACAUUCUGCAGAAAGGUCUAUCCAUCACCACCAAGGACCCAAGGAUCCAGUUCACUCACUGCCUGGUUCCCAAGAUACCCAGCUCCUCCACUGAAGCAACACCUGAAAACAGCUUCCCGCCAUCUUCCCAGUCCAGCGAAACCCUAAGGCUGCUGGCAGCGGAGCAGAAGAGCAGCGGUCUUCUGGAAUUCUCAAGAAGGCCUCAGCUCACAGCAGACAGAUGCACCAACAUUAAAAUAAACAAGUCCAACAGUCAGACACCCAAGCCAGUGGCAUCUCCGAUCAAUCUGAAUGCACCCAUGAGAGCUACCUUGAGCCACAGCCUCUGGGAACAAGACCCUAACGAGAACUUCCUGCAGGCUCCUGUAGCCAGCUCCCUCGGAGAGAACCUUUUGGGACCCUGA